AACUCAUUGAAUAGGAUCAAUCAAGCCAACAGUACUUUAUAUUUCUGUGUCUUUUUUUAUCUGUCUCUCAUCCUUCAAUACCCGCCACUCUUAAUCUACAAAGACACAGAGUCGGAUUACAAGGAAACUGAGAUAUCCUAAAGAGGAAGUGAUAAAGACAGUGACAUAAACUGAUAACUGCUAUUCAACACAAACCUGCUGGUUAAGAAACCCAGAAGGACUAAAAGAAUCUUCUUUCUUUCUUCAGCUGUCAAUCAGACCAACCAGUUCUUUGUAGAUUUCAUGGCCAAAAUGAUGGGCCUCUAAAGAGGAUAUUUCUUUUUUCGGAUAAUGUACUUUCAGGGUCUAUAGUUUUUUUAAUAAGCAGCAGUGACAACUCCACCAAGCUUGUACCAUUUGGCUAUAUUUGGUGCAAGACUGUUCAAGAAACCAGUGCUGAUAUUGUUUUUCCAGGGGAGAAAUGGCUAUGUUGAGUGAGGGUAUUACUCAAGUUUUUAUACUUGUAGCUUCUUUGGUUGGUAUCGGGUUUGCUUUGCUUCAAUGGUUUUUGGUGUCAAAAGUGAGGGUUUCGGGAGAUUCUGGUAAUGCUUAUAAUGAUAAAUUGAUUGGAGAAGAAGAGGAUGGUAUUGAUAAUCUUGAGGUUACUCUUAAAUGUGCUGAAAUCCAGACUGCAAUUUCUGUUGGGGCAACCUCAUUCUUGUUCACUGAGUACAAGUACCUUGGUAUUUUCAUGGGUGUUUUUGGUGCUGUCAUCUUUCUCUUCCUUGGUUCAGUUAAGGGCUUUAGCACAGAAAGUGAACCUUGCACAUACAACAAGGGAAAUCUUUGUAAACCAGCUCUGGCCAAUGCCCUCUUUAGCACACUUGCUUUCUUGCUCGGUGCUCUUACUUCCGUUCUGUCAGGUUUUCUAGGCAUGAAAAUUGCAACCUAUGCCAAUGCUAGGACAACUCUACAAGCAAGGAAGGGUGUCGGACAAGCCUUCAUUGUAGCAUUUCGGUCUGGGGCAGUAAUGGGUUUCCUUCUAGCUGCCAAUGGACUUUUGGUGCUCUAUGUAUCCAUCAACUUGUUCAAAAUCUACUAUGGAGAUGAUUGGGAGGGACUCUAUGAGUCAAUUACUGGUUAUGGUCUUGGAGGGUCAUCAAUGGCACUCUUCGGAAGAGUUGGCGGAGGUAUAUACACAAAAGCAGCUGAUGUUGGCGCUGACCUUGUUGGAAAAGUUGAACGAAAUAUCCCUGAAGAUGAUCCAAGAAAUCCAGCUGUCAUUGCUGACAAUGUGGGUGACAAUGUAGGAGACAUUGCUGGGAUGGGUUCAGACCUGUUUGGAUCUUAUGCCGAAUCAUCUUGUGCAGCACUCUUUGUUGCAUCUAUUUCGUCAUUUGGUAUCAGCCAUGACGUCACAGCCAUGUGUUAUCCAUUGAUAAUAAGUUCAAUGGGGAUAAUCGUGUGCUUGAUAACUACACUUUUUGCAACUGAUCUAUUUGAGAUCAAGGAUGCAAGUGAAAUUGAACCAUCUUUGAAGAGACAACUUCUUAUCUCCACCAUUUUGAUGACUGCUGGGAUUGCCAUGGUCAGCUUCUUAGCUUUACCAUCAGAAUUCACUCUCUUCGAUUUUGGGACUGAAAAGGUUGUAAAGAAUUGGCACAUUUUCUUUUGUGUAGCAAUUGGCUUGUGGGCUGGACUUGUUAUUGGAUAUACAACCGAGUACUAUACAAGCAAUGCUUACAGCCCAGUGCAGGAUGUAGCAGAUUCUUGCAGGACUGGUGCUGCGACAAAUGUUAUUUUCGGGUUGGCUCUAGGAUACAAAUCUGUCAUCAUUCCCAUUUUCGCGAUUGCCAUUGCUAUUUAUGUUAGCUUUAGCAUGGCGGCCAUGUAUGGCAUUGCUAUGGCUGCUUUAGGAAUGCUUAGUACUAUCGCCACUGGUCUUGCAAUUGAUGCUUAUGGGCCUAUAAGCGAUAAUGCUGGUGGCAUUGCAGAAAUGGCCGGUAUGAGUCACAAGAUUCGCGAAAGAACAGAUGCUCUAGAUGCUGCUGGAAAUACCACUGCAGCAAUCGGCAAGGGCUUUGCUAUCGGAUCAGCUGCUCUUGUUUCCCUAGCUUUAUUUGGUGCAUUUGUCAGCAGGGCAGGCAUCAAAACUGUUGAUGUCUUAACUCCCAAGGUCUUCAUUGGGCUGAUUGUUGGGGCAAUGCUUCCAUACUGGUUUUCUGCCAUGACAAUGAAGAGUGUGGGAAGUGCAGCUCUCAAAAUGGUUGAAGAAGUCCGUCGUCAAUUCAAUACUAUUCCAGGACUCAUGGAAGGCACAGCUAAACCAGAUUAUGCCAAUUGUGUCAAAAUUUCAACUGAUGCUUCGCUCAGGGAGAUGAUCCCACCUGGUGCUUUGGUUAUGCUUACACCACUAAUUGCUGGAACCUUCUUCGGAGUUGAAACUCUUGCUGGUGUUCUUGCUGGUUCACUUGUUUCUGGUGUGCAGGUUGCCAUUUCAGCUUCUAACACAGGAGGGGCAUGGGAUAAUGCCAAGAAAUACAUUGAGGCUGGUGCUUCUGAGCAUGCUAAAUCACUAGGUCCUAAAGGUUCAGACCCUCACAAAGCUGCUGUCAUUGGCGACACAAUCGGCGACCCUCUUAAGGACACUUCGGGUCCAUCACUUAAUAUCCUGAUCAAGCUCAUGGCAGUCGAGUCAUUGGUGUUUGCUCCAUUCUUUGCUGCUCACGGAGGUCUGCUGUUCAAAUUGCUGUAAUUUAAGCAAGCAAGUUAUAACCCGAGCAAAGAUAUGUUGUUACGACGGAAGCAAUAUCAUGUAAUUGAGUUCUCACUGUUAUAGUUUCAACAUGUAAAAAGAAUAUAAAAAAAGAAACAGAUAUAUGGCUUUGCUGCUUCUACAUUGCUAAAUUUACCGUGAAUAAAAUUGUAGUUUCAUAUA